UUUGUUCGUCCCUGGACUUAUUCUUAGGCCAAGCCCCCGCCGAAUUGGACGGCCCUGUGGAAAGAGGCGCGUCGCUUGAUGACGAUAGUCGAAUGCCGGCUGGUGUUUGUCAGCGUCCUAUACCAAAGUCAUAGUUCACUUGGUGCUUCUCGACGAGCGCCAAACUUCACAAUAUGGAGCGUGUUUGAAGCAUUUUUGCACAGGUAUUCGCACGAAACAAUAACGGUACCCGGGUCCCGAUGAGAAGCACGCAAUUAUCAAUUGAAUUUGACCGUGAAAAUGGUACAUACAUACCAGGCGAACUUGUGUCAGGGAGAAUUGUGGCAGAUUUUAUGACACCGAAGGAGGUCAGAGGACUCCGAGUGAAGGCUGUUGGGGAGGCAAAGGUGAAAUGGACUGUAAAACGAGGGAAGUCACGGACAGUGUAUCGCGGCGAGGAGAAUUACUUCUCCUCGCUGUUCUACUUGAUAGGAAGUGAAUCUGGUCCAAACAUCGAGCUUCCUGCCGGUCAUCUGGUUUAUCCCUUCAGUAUUCAACUACCGAUGGGGCUACCCAACAGCUUUGAGCAUAAUAUUGGACACAUACGAUAUACGAUCAAAGCCACCUUUGACAGGCCAUGGAAAUUUGAUCACGAGGUCAAAGCUGCAUUCACAAUUGUUUCUACGUAUGACUUAAAUGGGAGGCCGCAAGCUGCUCUGUCGAUCCAGGGAGACAUGCAAAAGAACUUUUGCUGCUUUUGUGUAGGCAAAGGAAAUUUAUCUGCAGUAAUAUCUAUUCCCUCAAGUGGAUUUGUGCCUGGUCAAAUAAUACCUGUUACUGUAGAGUGUGAAAAUAAUUCCACCGUCGAAGUAGAGCAGAUACAGAUUUCCUUGAGACAGAAGUUGAGAUUUGAAGCGAGCUCUCCGUAUCAUCGAACCAAGAAAGCAGGAUUAAGCGUCAUAAAGGCGCAGUUUGACGAACCAUUUACUAACAAAUCCGAGGAGCCUGUUAUGCUAUCGCUGAAAGUACCGGCGCUGCCUCCAUCCGAUCUUGAGUUCUGCGGGAUAAUCGACCUUGACUAUGUCUUGAGAGUAACGGUAUCUUUCUCCGGGGUGCACUGCGACAUCGAUGAAGACUUCCCCAUCCUGAUUGGAACAGUUCCACUGUACAGCUCCUUCAACAUGUACAACCCAAACGUGAAUAUGAUACCAUUACCAAGUGCACCACCCCUACAAAACCCUACAGGCUUUGCCAGUACACCGUUCCCUGGUCCGUCGCAACCUACCGACACGCCAUCGCCUCCAUAUCAAAGUCAGGGAGAUCCACGCGAUCUACCUCCACCUUCUUAUGAAGAGUGCAUGUAUGGCGCUCAAUGUAUCAAGGACACGGAGGAGUCCGACCAUGUUCAGGCCGUUCCAUAUGCUCCGCGAUAUCCUGUGUACAACUACAGCCACUUUAACACAGCUUCUAGUGCUCCUGUGUGCGAAAAGCAGUGAUUGCAGUUCAAUGCCCUUGAACACAAAAUACCAAUCGCUGCGCUAGCAACAAAAUACUCUUGGGAACAACUCAGAACCAUUGGAUUUUGAUUAUUUCAUCAUGUUUCCAAUGGUAUUUUCUUGCUCUCAUUAGUUUUUUUUUGUAAGCGUGGCAUUAUUCGUCGUUAUCAAUUUCUUAAGUGCCUUGUAACGUACUUACAGAAGGUCUACAUGUUAUAUAUUUUUACAACUCAUGUACGUAUUUACAAAAAUCUAAUAGGGUUACUUGUUACAAUGAAUCCACAUAUACCUAAUCCACACUGCCUGUAACAAGUGCGAAACUGCUGAACACACAUUUUAUUCAA